AAACAAUAAUGAGCGUUUUUAAGAGAGCUAUGUUUUAUUCAUCAACACAUAAAUCUGAAAUCCCACACACCAGAAGUGCAUCCGUUGACGUCAGAACAUUAAAUCGUGUCAAAGAUAAGAUUUUCUUUCCCAUUGAGGAUGCUCUAAUAGUUUGUUUGGCUCUGGGGACUGUGGGGCGUUCGUUGAGAAGGAAAGGAGAGGCGGUUAGUCUUCAGGCCAAGUGAAAGAGGCGCUUUGUUGAAACUGUUUUGAUUUUAUUUUUUCCCUCUCACUCCCCUGCUUCCGUUCUUUUCCUUCCUCCUCACUCUCUGCUCUUACCUUUGCAUUUCUUUUUCUUUUUUGUUUUCCUCCGAGGGACGGGUGAUGGGUUGAACAUGAUUUCCAGAGGCAGAAUAUAACUGGCCUUUCAGAAGGUGCAGCCCUCAGAGUCGUUGAGACUGUUGAGCUGUUUCUAGCAGAUCAUACCUGAACUGACUCAGGCAUACAUUAACAAUGUACAAGCUUUUAGCUUUGUGUCUGUGUCUGUGUUUAGCGCAUUUAGCAGCUGAAGGAAAACAAGAAAAGAGAAGAAGAGAGAGACAGAGGGACUCCAGACGAUUCUUAUCUGCUGAAGAUGCACCUGAGUAUGAUAGCCCAUUCCUUCCAGACCAUAGCAAUCAGUGCUUGGUGAAUGGGAUUUCUCUGUUUGAGGGGGCUGUCUGGUCCCCAGAGCCUUGCAGUGUGUGCCACUGUAAAAAUGGAGCAGUCAGCUGCCGAACCAUCCCCUGCCCGGCCAGAGCUUCACCCACCCUGAAGUCUGUGGCCAGUAAGUCCAGUCCAACAUCUGUGUGGAAAACAAGGUUGAAAAACAGACUGACAGGAAAUAGAAAACCAUCUGUGGGGACGGAGGUUCUGGAGGUGAAACCAAAGAAGAACAGGAUGGUGGUCACCCCAGCAAAAGAACCACCCUCAAAUGUCCCUAAGAAGCAAGUGAAGAAAAACCAGGAGGUGAUUGUGAGUCUGGAUCCUGGUAAACCGCCGAAGACCACUGUAAUAUCCACAGGACCUCAGUAUAUGAGACCAGUCCAUUUUGAUAAUGAUGACCAUGAUGAUGAUGACUAUCUUGAGGACGACAGUGACAGUGAUGAUGAUGACGAUGAUAACCGCAGCAUUCCGGUGUUCAGAUCUGCUCUUCGCCCUGUAGCAAUAGAAAGACGAGUAAUGCCGCCCACACUCAAACCAGCCACAGCACAAGCAGAACCGGCUUUUGCUCUUCCUACAAGAAAAUCUGUGAGACUGCCCACUGGAAGGCCACUGCCAGCCCCCAGUGGGCGACUGGUGGAUAGAGGUAUUGGCCGUCCGAUCAUCCACACCUCUGUUCAUAUGGAGUCUCUCCCAGCAGGCUGCCUGCUUUCAGAGUCUCUUAUAGCUUGUGGAAACACUCGCCUUACCCAUAUGCCCAUCAUCAAAGAUGCAGGGGUCAGGAGUCUCUUUCUUGCAGAUAACAAAAUCAGCAAGAUCCCAUCACAUGCUCUAGCAGGUCUUCCCAACCUGGAGUGGCUCGAUCUCAGCAGGAACAAGCUGGAUGAUUUCUCUUUGGGACCAAAUGUUUUUUGGAACUUGACGAAGCUCAGGAGGUUGAACCUGGAUGGAAACAUCUUCACUAAAAUGCCGGCUCUCCCUCCCUCGCUGGUGGAGCUGAAGAUCAACGAUAAUAAACUCAGUGGUCUUACCCCCCCCAGCUUUCAGGGUUUGUCCAAGCUGCUGACACUGGAGUUAGAGGAUAAUUAUUUCCACGAUGGAAAUGUCUCUCCUUUGGCCUUCAAGCCUCUGAGAAGGCUGAUUUACCUAAGACUGGAUGACAACAAGUUCAGGGCUAUACCCUCCGGUCUGCCUAUUUCAGUAAAGGAGCUGCACCUUUCUGACAACAAGAUAGAGGUGAUCCAUUCAGGGCUCCUCAACAAGACCACAAACCUGAGAGUCCUGAACCUCAGCCAAAACCGAAUCCGAGAGGACCGCAUUCAUCCAAGGGCAUGGAUGCACUUGCUAAAACUGGAGUAUUUGGACCUGUCCCACAAUAAGCUGGUUCACGUUCCCUCUUUCCUGCCGGUUGGUCUGCGGCAGCUCAUCUUGCAUCACAACCAAAUUGAGCACAUCCCUGGCUAUGUGUUCGGCCACCUGCGACCUGGUCUGGACUCCCUGCAGCUCUCGUACAACCGUCUGCGUGAAGACGGGAUAAAUGAAGUGUCAUUUCAGGGCCUGUACAACUCACUGAGUGAACUGCUGUUGGACCAUAACCAGCUCAGGUCAAUCCCACGAGGCAUUCUACAGUUAAAGAACCUGCAGCACCUGAGACUGAACCACAACUACAUCAACCACAUCACUAUGAACUCGUUGUGUGACACUACGGCCCGUGAGGACUCCCUGCUGAUGUCUGUUCACCUGGAGUACAACCUGAUCGACCGCCGCCUCAUUCCACCAAUAGCCUUCUCCUGCAUCAAAACCUACCAGAGCAUCCUUCUGCGGCCCCAGAGAUACGAAGAGCACCAGGAAUGAAAGCAUUUUUGGGGGCUGUAGUUUACAGUGCAUCUCAGUUCAAGGCAUAAUUCGGAGUUUUAAGUGAAAUAAAGUUAAAGAUGCAACUCCCUUUUCACACCAGAGGCCUUACAUUUUGUUUAAGUUGUGUUCUGAAUGUCUCUUCUCUGUGUCAUUAGGGUCACACAUAAACAUGCUUUUUUUCUGCUGUACUACAACUAAAAACUACUGCAGACAUUUGCUGUUUGACGUUAGCAUCGGCUGUGUUCAUGCCUUAAUAGAUUUGGGGGCCUGUUGCACAGAUUUACAUGAUGCCAAAUGUCCAUCUUUUCUGUUGCAGUUGGCAUCAUAUUUUUUUGUACGUCUGUUGUUGUUUGUUAUCAUAUCUAAUGUGUGUCUUGGUUUGUUUUAUACCUCUAUGUUCACAAUUUACAAUCUCAUAUAAAGCAAACGUGUGUAUGUUCAAGGAUUUCUUUCUUUUUUCAACGUAUAUGCAAAAGGUUUUUAGCAUAUAUCAGCUUUAUACUUAGGUCUAUUUAUUUCUUGAUUAAACUGCAGUGCAUCACAUAUUUUUAUUUUAGUACCAUUUUAACAAUUUUUUAGUUGCAAAGGUUUGGACUUAUGUUCAGUUUUGUGAUGUUGUGUGUUUUCUGUGAUUUUGUGUUAUCUCUGUUACAAACUACAAUAAAUUUGGUAGGUGACAAUUCAUCUCGAGUCAGAAAGACUUAUUUUUCUUCAUUUUUUAUCAUUAAUAUUAUAAGCACAUGUCUGAUGGAAAUGAUGCGCUGCUGUCCCGAUGUAUGUGUUCAAGGAGUUGAUUUUGCAGCUUAUGUUCUACGUUGUUCUAUGUUCAGUUCUAUGCUGGUUUACGAUUCUUUCAUUGAUCCAC